AUGCCAUACAAUUACCAUUAUGAUAUGGCCACAAGCAAGGCAAAGGUAAUAUUCAAGCUAUUAUUUCGAUGGAGAGGAUCCGUAUGGAGAGCCGUCUAUGUGGAGUAUUUGUUCUGGUUAGCUGCUUACGGAAUACUGUCGUGCAUAUAUCGCUUCGCUCUCACUAAGGAACAACAAGGAGACUUCGAGAAAUUUGCCGAGUUCUGCGACAAACGACUCAAUUACAUACCGAUGAACUUCAUGCUUGGCUUCUUCGUUACUAUUGUUGUGAAUCGCUGGGUGACACAAUUUGCAAAUUUGGGCAUGAUCGACAAUAUCGCCUUGUUCACGUCGCAGCUUAUUAAAGGUAACGACGAACGCGGCAGGAACCUCCGUCGAAAUAUUGUCAGAUACUGUGUCGCUUCUCAAUGUCUUGUAUUUCGUGACAUACAUCUUGGAGUGAGAAGGAGGUUCCCAACAUUGGAAACAAUGGUUGCGGCAGGAUUCCUGCAAAAGCACGAACUUGAGAAAUUCCUGGAGUGCAAGAGUCGAUACGCAAAAUACUGGUUACCAUUUAACUGGGCUCUUCAUCUCCUCAACGUUGCACGUGAGGAGAAAAGGCUUGACGGUGACAUUCCUAGGGAUGCCAUCUCUCAGGAAAUUCGAGCCUUCCGAACAGGUCUGUCGUUAAUUUGGACCUACGAUUGGGUCCCAUUGCCGGUGAUGUACCCACAAUUAGUUUUUAUGGCAGUUCACGCAUAUUUCAUCGUUUGUGUGUUCUCAAGACAGUUUAUUAUUACUCCUACCGCAGCCAACUACACAGUUGUGGAUCUCUACUUUCCUUUCAUGUCCUCACUUGAAUUUAUAUUCUAUGUGGGUUGGAUGAAAGUUGCUAUGGAGUUGCUGAAUCCGUUCGGUGAAGACGAUGACGAUUUCGAUUGUAAUUUCCUUCUUGACAGAAAUCUUACUAUCUCCCUCACAGCUGUCGAUGACGCCUUUGAUGAUGUGCCCGAUAUUCGACCGGAUAUGUUCUGGGAGGACACUGUUUCACCGCUUUACUCACAAGAAACAGCUGGCAAAUCAGUGAACUUCUAUGUGGGAAGCGCAAAUAGGGCAGAACUACCCGAGGAUGUCAAACAGAUCAUGAUGGUACCUCAUCCAAUCAAUGAGAAAUUCGAUCAAUACAUCAAAAAUCCUGUCCGUAGACGGAGAACUAGCAUUGUCUCGGUGAUGAGAACACCACAACCGGAAAGAUCUGAAAGAGCUCGUUCUGGCAGUUACCUGCUCAAUCCACUGUCAGCUUUCCAGCGAAAACCAGCCACUACAAUAGGUAUGGAAGAAGCGGCUCGAGUAAACACGAAACCGCGGUCCUCUACAGAUACUGGGGAUGCCCAUCAAAGAACUGCCUCUUACCUUAACCCCACAUUUGUUGUGGAAACGGGUGACGAGAAUGUGCCACAACACUUAGCAGUGAUUGGAGCAGGAAACGGACAUCUCUACGUUGGAAGCGCCAGAGAUCAUAUCUACCGCUCCAAAUCGUUCAACCACGGUGAAGAUCCGAAGAAUAUAUAG